UAGCACUCACGUGACAAGACCGCCACAUUUGACAGAGUGACAGUGUGCUUAGGCCCAGAAUAAAAUGUCUUUGGAAACUUACUCAGUUAUGAUUUUAGACAUGGCAAAACAAGGCCUGUCAUCCACAGAAAUCUCAGCGCAGAUAUCACAAGUAAAUGGGGGAGCGAGAGGAUGUUCCGCAAGAAACGUGAGGAGAUUUUGCAGUGAAAAUGGAUUAAGUUUGAUGGGGCUCCCUGACGCACAUUUGGAGUUGGAGGUGGCAAAAGCUAUAACCGAGACUGGACCUACAUAUGGAAGAAAGAUGAUGAAGGGUUAUCUCGCUAUGAAAGGAGUGUAUGCUGCAGAGACACGAAUUGGAUCAGUGCUCAGAACCAUGCAUCAGCCAUACCAUGAAGCAAGACGUCAGGGUGCCCGCAAUCUCAACCCCAUACCAUAUCAAGCUGAUUACAUGGGUCAAAAGGUUCAUAUGGACCAAAACGAAAAACUGGCUAUGUUUGGGGUUACCCAUGUUUUAGCCAUCGAUGGCUACAGCAAAAAGAUUGUUGCUCAUUCUACAAUGCCUAUAAAAAACAACCUUGCCAUCUAUGAAGAUGUUUUCAGGCCUGCAGUCCUUGCCUAUGGUAUGUGGGACCAGGUACGAGUAGAUCAUGGCAAGGAGUUUUAUUUGACACUUUUCAUGCAGGAGCUGCUGUCAUCUCACCGCCAUAAUCAGGAGCGAAGGCCAUAUUUACAGACUUCAUCCACAAAGGUACAGCUCAACAAAUCAUAUAGUUGA